CGACACUUUUUUUGUUUCAUCGGAGAGCUUCCGAAGGGAUUUCGAGAUCUCGCGGCUCCCCCUUCUCUCUUCUCCGAUCAAUCCAAUUCCGAUACCGUUGAUAUGAUUUUGGCGCGUUAUUAGAAAGCCCCCGAUUAUAUCUCACUGUAACCCCCACUCUCGUAGUCUCUCGUGAUCGAUCUAGGGUUUCGGCUGGUCUCCGCGAGAUCUGAGAUUUGAUUGUUGUCCCUAAUCGAAAGAGAUGUCUCGGUGUUUCCCGUUCCCGCCACCUGGCUAUGUACUGAACGGAAGCGAGGCUCUGAUCGAAUCGAUCAAGAGGGCAGAGGAGAAAGCUAAGAAAGAACUAACAAAGAAGGAGAGAAAAAGAGAAAAGAAGGAUAAAAAGAGGAAGGAGAGGGAAAGCGAGAAACACUCUCAUAAGAGAAGGCGCAAAGAAGAAGUAGUUGCUAAAGAUGGCAAGAACAACCAGAAAGUUCCCAAACUAAAAGCAAGUGAGAAUGGCUGUUUGGAGAAGAGUAGUCUUACUGUAGAACGUGACUUGGUUCAGUCCACGUCUCAGAACUCUUGUGAUAGCACUCUUAACAGCAAUGAGCUGCCUAAGCAGCACAAGGAGAAGCUGCCACAUAAUAACAACAACAACGACUCUGAAAGCAUCUUCCGGAUUCGGUUGCCUAUCCGAAGGCAGAAUGAUGAUCCUGAGGUGAUGGUGACGACCACCAACAAGGAUCAAGAAAGACCUUGUCCCUCCCGGGAGAUAAAGUUAGAUACCGUGAAGAGUGUAACUAGAGAGCAGCCGCAAGAACAACAUCCUUGUUCCACUUCAAAGCCACAUGAAGAGAAAAAAAAAGACCAAAUUUACAGAACGAGAGUAGGCAAAGAGAGGAAAUUGUCAUCCACUACUUCAAGCGGCUUAUGCAGGUUGUGCCCUCCAUCAAUGGCGGUGCAAUUCUUGGAUGUAGUUGAGAACUGGGUCCCUAACAGAGUAGAGCUAACUAGCUCGGAAGAUGAUGAAUGUUGGUGGUUCAUGAAGAAGCCAAGUUGCCACAAGUUUGGCUCAGAAAGAUGCAAACAACUUAACAGAAAUAACGAGAGCAAGCAAGCCAUAAGCAGUUCAAUGGCGUGGCCAUGUGCUCGCCUUUUACCAGAAGCUGAUGUCCACGCCUUACCUUACACCGUCCCUUUCUGAUAAGAGCAGGAAGAAGAUUUUUUAACAAGGAACCUAUGUGCUGGAGUCGGACCAAACAUUUUUUUUUAUUUAGCCUUAAAAAGGUUGAAUAAGAACACUGUUUGUUAUAGUUCCGCGGUUGCUUAAUAUAGUAAAAGAUUAGUA